UCUGUAGUCAAGCUUACCUUCAACCCCACCUCUCCCGCAAACGUCAAAAGCAAAAAUACCCACCAUCUUCCUCUUUUUCUCUCUCUAGAAUCUAAUUUAUACUACACUCUCUCUCUCUCUCUCUCUAGAAACCUAAUUGAUGUUAACAGUUUUCUUCACUCUAUAUCUUGCUCUUUCGUUAUAGUCAACUAAUAGUCAACAUGGGGAACAUAAGCGAAGACAUUAAUGGCGUCGGAGCGCUUGAAGCUCUGGCGAUCAAUGACCCAAUUUCGAUUGGGGGAAAUCAAGGCGAUGAGGGAUCGAGUAUGGAGGAGACCCAAUUGCAGAAAACUGAAAAGGAUCCGAGAACAAUUGCGAGAAAGUACCAAAUUGAAUUAUGUGACAAGGCUUUGGUGGAGAACGUCAUCGUGUAUCUAGAAACAGGUUGUGGCAAGACUCACAUUGCUGUUUUGCUUAUCUACAAGAUGAGAUGCCUGAUGAAAAAGCCUCGGAAGGAUAUAUGUAUCUUUCUUGCUCCCACAGUAGCUCUCGUUGAACAACAAGCCAAGGUUAUAAAAGAUUCUAUAGAUGUAAAAGUUGGGAUAUAUUGCGGGAGUUCUAAUCGUUUGAAGUUUCACCGUGAUUGGGAGCAGGAAAUGGAACAAUUCGAGGUAUUUGUCAUGACCCCACAAAUUUUAUUACAUAAUUUAUCACAUUGCUUCAUCAAGAUCGAGAACAUUGCCCUUCUGAUAUUUGAUGAGUGCCAUUAUGCACAAGUUGAAAGCGACCAUCCUUAUGCUGAAAUAAUGAAGAUAUUUUACAAACCGGAUGUUGCAAAACUCCCCCGUAUAUUUGGCAUGACCGCUUCCCCAAUAUUUGGGAAAGGUGCUUCCAUCAAUAGUCUCGAGACCUUACUUCAUGCCAAGGUUUAUACUGUCAAAGACAGGGAAGAGCUUGAUCAAUUUGUGUCAUCCCCUAUAGUCAAUGUCUAUUAUUAUGGCCCAACCCCGAGCAAUUCACCUUGCCCUCAUGCUAGUUAUUCUGGGAGACUUGAAUCAAUAAAGGCCCAGUGUAUGUCAACUUUGCUCACAAAGAUCGAGGAUUCUACAGUUCUUAAGAACACCAAAAGGUUACUCCAGCGUCUUCAUGAUAACCUGCUGUUUUGUCUGGAAAAUCUCGGCCUUUGGGGAGCAUUACAAGCUUGUAGGAUUCUGUUGAAAGGUGACCUCUUUGAGCGGAAUGCAGUUAUCGAGGUAAAUGAUCAAUGCAACGAUGAUAUUUUAUGUGGCAGUUAUCUAUCACAAGUUGCUGCCUACUUCGCUGCCGAAUGCAAAAAAGACUGCCCUGUUGAAGCAAAUGGCACCGAAGCUGAUUUAUCAAGUGUUGACGCUUUGGGAGUUCCGUUUUUCUCAUUGAAGCUCUUACGACUUGUUGGAAUUCUUUCCAGUUUUAGGGCACAGCCGGAUAUGAAAUGUAUUAUAUUUGUGAAUAGAAUCAUAACAGCUAGAUCGUUGGCAUAUGUCCUUCACCAACUUAGAUUUUUGUCAGCAUGGAGGUGCAGUUACCUAGUAGGAGUCCACUCGGGGCUAAAGAAUAUGUCACGGAAAACCACAAACGCCAUUCUUGAGAAGUUCCGUUCGGGUGAGCUGAAUUUGUUAGUAGCAACUAAAGUUGGAGAGGAAGGACUUGAUAUCCAAACAUGCUGCCUUGUUAUACGAUUCGAUCUCCCGGAAACCGUUGCUAGUUUUAUACAAUCAAGAGGUCGAGCACGCAUGCCACAGUCUGAAUAUGCAUUUUUGGUGGACAGGGGGAGCCAAAGGGAGUUGAAUUUGAUACAGAAUUUUUGUGAGGAUGAAGCGCAGAUGAAUAACGAAAUAACUUCACGAACAUCUACGGUGGAAUAUGUUGAUUUUGAGGAGAAAGUAUAUAGAGUAGAUUCAACGGGUGCCACCAUUGGUUCUGGAUCUAGUGUUUCAUUACUUCAUCGAUAUUGCUCAAAACUUCCACACGAUGAAUUCUUCAAUCCUAAGCCAUGGCUAUAUUACUUUGAUGAUGCUGAAGGAACGGUUUGCCACAUAAUUCUUCCUCCUAAUGCUCCGAUUCACCAAAUCAUAAGUUCUCCUCAACCAUCUAGGGAAGCAGCAAAAAAAGAUGCCUGUUUGAAAGCAUGUCAACAGUUGUAUGAAUUAGGUGCCUUGACCCACUAUCUCUUGCCGGACGAUGAAGUUGAUGACAACAAUGAAGACGAUUCCGAUUCAGAUGGUGAUGAUGAGGAAAGUUCAAGGAGAGAGCUUCAUGAGAUGCUUGUACCAUCUGCCCUUCGGGAACGAUGGAUUAAAGUGGAACGUAAAAAAGUGUCUCUCAGCUCGUAUUUCAUCAAAUUUAGCCCUUCACCUGCUGAUAGACUAUACAAAGAGUUUGGCCUAUUUCUAAAAGCACCCAUCCCUCAAGAAGCAGAAAGAAUGAAACUUGACCUCCAAUUGGCACGUGGUAGAUCUGUAAUGACUGAGAUUGUCCCUUGCGGCGCUUCAGCAUUUUCUGACAACGAGAUUGUGCUAGCUGAGUGGUUUCAAGAGAUGUGGCUGAAGGCCAUAAUAGACAAGUCGGAAUUUGUUAAGGAUUUUGUUCAAUUAGGCAAAGAUGAUGUCAGCAGUCCAAUCUCGACGUUCUACUUAUUGCUACCUGUGAUCGUAAAUAAAUACAGAGGAUCAAUGACUGUGGACUGGAAGCUCAUUACAAAAUGUUUGUCAUCACCAAUUUUCAGAACUCCGAAAGAUAAUACGUGUGAUCGAACAUCUCAUAUGAAUAAUUGCUUGUAUCUUUCCAAUGGGCCCACAAAGAUCGAUGACAUUUUGAAUAGUUUGGUAUACGUCCCUUGCAAGGAUACUUUUUACUUUGUUUCUGGACUUUUCCCCGAGAAGGAUGCCUUCAGUCUAUUUAAAGAAGAAACAAAUUAUGCCAACCACUUUGCUCAAGCAUUUGGAGUUAAAUUUUUACACCCAUACCAGCCUCUUUUGAAAGCAAAACAACUCUUUCGUUUGGACAACCUGCUGCGGAAGAGAGGAAGUGCGGAACCACGUGAAAAGGAGGAGCACUUUGUGGAGUUACCUCCUGAAAUAUGCGUACUAAAAGUCAUCGGAUUUUCAAGGGACAUCGGAAGUUCACUGUCUUUAUUGCCUUCAGUCAUGCAUCGAUUAGAAAGCAAUCUCGUGGCAAUUGAACUGAGGCGUAGGUUAUCUGCUUCAUUCUCUGAAGGAUCAGAAGUUUCUGCACAACGUGUUCUUGAAGCACUUACAACCGAGAGAUGCAACGAGCGGUUUUCUCUUGAAAGACUUGAAGUGUUGGGUGAUGCAUUCCUCAAAUUUGCAGUUGGCCGUCACCUUUUCGUAUUACACAACUCGCUUGAUGAAGGACAACUUACUAGAAAACGUUCCAAUAUGGUUAACAAUUCCCAUCUGUUCAAGCUGGCAUUAUCAAACAAUUUGCAUGUAUAUGUACGUGAUCAAUCAUUUGAGCCUUCCCAUUUUUAUCCUUUUGGUCGAAGAUGUUCAGUGAGAUGCACUGACAGCACACAAGUGGAGAUCCAUUCUUCACAUGAGAGCAAUUUGAAGACGGGUGAAAACACUGAAGUUAGAUGCGAUAAAGGUCAUCACUGGUUGCAAAAGAAAACCGUGGCAGAUGUUGUGGAAGCGCUUGUUGGAGCGUUUAUAGUCGACAGUGGCUUUAAAGCAGCAAUCGCAUUUCUCAAAUGGAUCGGUAUUCAAGUCGACUUCAAAGACUCACAUGUUGCUAAGAUAUGCCAUUCAAGCAAAAUCUUUACCGCUCUGAGUGCUCAAAUUGACAUUCCUGCCCUUGAAAAUCUUUUGGGGUAUCAGUUUCACCAUAAAGGUCUUCUCUUACAAGCCUUCUUACAUCCAUCAUACCAUAAUAACUACGGUGGCUGCUAUCAGAGAUUGGAGUUUCUUGGAGAUGCUGUGUUGGAUUAUUUGACCACAUCUUAUCUUUAUUCGGUAUAUCCAAACUUGAAGCCGGGUCAGUUGACUGAUUUAAGAUCACUAUCGGUCAACAAUAAUUCCUUUGCGCGUAUUGCUGUAAAUCGAUCUUUCUAUAAGUUUAUGCUAUGUGAUUCUAGUAAUUUGAUCCAGUCUAUGAAUAAGUAUGCCGAAUUCUUCAAGACUUCUGCUUCAGAGAACAUUUUGGCUGAAACAGUACCAUGCCCCAAGGCUCUUGGUGAUUUGGUUGAGUCUUGUGUUGGUGCCAUUCUUCUUGAUUCUGGAUUCAAUUUAGAAGUGGUUUGGAAGAUUAUGAUUUCGUUUCUGGAUCCAGUCAUGAAAUUCUCAGCAUUGCAGCUUAACCCCAUUAGAGAACUUCAAGAACUUUGCCAGUUUUAUAAUUGGGAAUUAACAUUUCCUUCGGUAAAGAAAGAUGGGGUGUUCUCGGUUGAUGCAGUCGUUGAUGGAAAAGAAGUUUGUGAGACUGCUUGUGCUACCAAUUCCAAUAAAAAAACCGCCAAGAGAAUCGCUUCCCAAAAAUUGUAUUUGUCUUUAAAGGAAAAAGGUUACAAGACGAAGGUGAAAUCUUUAGAGGAAAUCUUGAAGUUGAGCCAAAAGAUGGAGGCGAGAUUGAUUGGAUAUGAUGAAAUACCCUCCAAUAUAGAUGUUUCAUUUGCCGACCACAUUGAAGACUUGAAAUCAAAUGAAGUUAGAAAUAUUUCCCGAGAAGUGCAGUCCCGGCCUGUAAAUUCUGCGAAAAGCAGUCGCUAUAUUCAACGUAUGGUGCAGCCCACACCUGACGUAUGCAACCCUUCUUCAGACACCGGUGAUAGCAAUUCACAAGCAACAGCAGGUGAUGGGUUGCGAAAGUCAUCAGCAAAAUCACAUUUGUACGAAAUUUGUGCUAUCAACUGUUGGAAACCACCAUUGUUUGAAUGUUUCGAAGAAAUGGGACCAGCCCACCUCAAACAGUUUGCAUUCAAAGUGACUGUAACGAUCGAAGAAGCCUCAAGUACAAUCUUGGAGUGCAUUGGAGAUCAUCGAGCUAAAAAGAAAGAUGCAGCGGAGUUUGCAGCUCAAGGCGUGAUUUGGUACUUGAAGAAAAUUGGACAUUUAGAGAAGUAGAAUUUGGUAUUUAAUUCGGUCAAUCGUAUGCAUAUAGUAUACAGUUUUUAGCCGUAUUUACAACUUAUUAAAGCAAAGGGCGUCCAUAGUAUAGGGCCCUGUAUACGCACACCGGCAAAUUCACCAUUUAUGCAGUUUGUAUGCCUAAUCUUGGUACGAUUUAGGCAAAUCCUUUGCGGGGUGUUUGGUUUGAUGCAAUGGGGUGUUUGGUUUGAUACAAUGGUUUUGAGGAAUUUGGAUUUCGUGCAAGGAUUUGAAAAUUGGAGAGAUUUAGAUUUGAAA